AUUGGCCAGUAAGAGUAACCAACUCUGAACUGUUCCAUUUCUCUUUCUCUCAACUUGCCAUUUUUCUUUAACACGCUCUUAUUUUUUUGGUAUAAUUAAUAUUUAUAUUUAUACAUGAAGUUAGAGAACAUUCACACUUAUUGACCGGAAAUACCCCCAAUAUCCGAUCACCGGAACCCUAAUUAUGGCUACUAAAUUGAAAUCUUCUGAAGUGAAGCUAUGGAGGCUCUGCAAUUUCUGGCAAUCCAAUAGUAAUACUCCUAAUACCACUCAAACUUCUUCGUCUUCUACACAACAACUUCACCAGAAUCAUCAUAGUUAUCGCUCUAAUUACGAUUCAAUUCAGCAAGGAAUUUCUGUUCCGAGGUCUAAACCUACUGUUUCUUCCGUUGCUCGUUCUUUGCUUCCGGCGAAACGGCGGCUUCGUCUUGAUCCUCCUAAUCAUCUCUAUUUUCCUGAUGAACCUGGUAAACAAGUUAGGAGUGCAGUGAGGAUUAAGAACACAAGCAAAUCACACGUUGCUUUCAAGUUUCAAACAACAGCACCUAAAAGUUGCUAUAUGCGCCCACCUGGUGGCAUCCUUGCUCCUGGAGAGAGUAUUGUUGCAACCGUAUUCAAGUUUAUGGAGCAGCCAGAGAACAACGAGAAAAUGCAAGAUCUCAAGAGAAAGGUUAAAUUUAAGAUUAUGAGUCUAAAGGUGAAAGAAGGAACAGAAUAUGCUCCCGAAUUGUUUGAUGAACAAAGAGACCAAGUCAAUGUAGAACGGGUAUUACGUGCCAUUUUCUUGGAUCCUGAUCGUCCUAGUUCGGCUUUGGAGAAAUUGAAACGGCAAUUGGCUGAAGCUGAUGCUGCUGUUGAAAUUAGGAAGAAACCUGCAGCAGAUAGUGGUCCAAAGGUGGUUGGUGAAGGUCUCGUCAUAAACGAAUGGAAAGAACGAAGAGAAAAAUAUCUGGCACAGCAGCAGGGCGAAGCAAUUGAUCCAUCAAUAUGAAUUGCGUAGUUUUGGUGAAUACACGAUUCAGGGCAGCCAUAUUCUUCUUCUUGUAGAUAUUGAUUGAUUUUUGCUUUCUUUAUGGAAGUAAUUGCUUAUAUUAUUUCGGCGGGGACUUCAUUGAAUCUGUUCGUUGAUGGAACUUUGUAUUGGAUAUAUGCCAUUUACGUAUAGUCGGUCUUAUCGUUAUGGUAAUUUCA